AUGGAUCAUGAUAAUAGCCGCCCACAACAUAAAAGCGUUCAAACUCAACUUUCUUUCUUAUUUUCUGGAUUAUUACGACCUGCCCUCGGCAGUGUUCUUAGCGGAGUCCCUCGAAGAACUACACAUGCGCAAUUGCAGGCUGAGCCCGGUCGAGAGCUUACGAUUUGUGCCCCUAACAUUGUCAGAUUUAGUUUAACUGCCCCUAUUCCCCAGGCACUGGACGCAUUCUCUCUUGCGACUACUUCCAAGAAGUGGUACUCACGUGUAAGGCUCUCUUCUGGUGAGGUUGAUCCCGAUUUCAAUGUCAAUUCGUGGUUCCUUAAGCUGAGACGUUUACUCAAGGCACUAAGUGGGUCUCAAAUUUCUCUGAUUCUGAACAUGGACGGCGACCCUCAGGGCGUGCCAUGUAGUGCUUUUCUAGGUGACGAGCCGCCUGUGGUGGUGCGGAGCUUGAAUUUUUCUACUCGUAAAUGUCGCACGGCGUCUUGGUAUAUGGGGUUUACGAAUGGCUUGUUUCGUGUUUGUCGACCGAGUCACGUAUGGGGUGACAGCCUCAUGAGCGGAUCGGACAUCAACUACAGGCUCUCGGAGUUUCAGUUAAACAUCUUGCUUGCUAACAAGAGCCUCAGGACCGAGCCCUACUUUUGGCAGCACGAUUUGGAGCAAGUGCACGUCGAUGGGCAGUUUGUGCAGUACACAAACUUGUCGCAAUUGCGAAACAGGACAUAUGAUGGGAUAGUGUGCCUUGAGUUGAAAUGGAGAGGUCAGACUUCUCGGAAUUGCGAGACAGGACAUAUGACGGGACAUAGUACUGCGCUCGCUUGCUUUUCUGUUUACUCUAUAGUCUAUAUGCCUCCUGCUUUUAAUCGUGUUAGUUAUCAGGAGCUGGUCACGACUCGCUGCCCGUUGUCGGACGGCGUGGUUGCCAUGAAAUUGGAGCUUCGGUCGUUGAUGGCCCGGGUUUGCCUGGCUGUGACUAAGGGCAGCACUCAAUCGUCGGCAACUGGUGGCUCGCCGCCGGAUGCUCGGGGCUGA